UGUGUGUGUGUGUGUGUGUGUGUGUGUGUGUGUGUGUGUGUGUGUGUGUGUGGAGGGAGCAUUGUGUGUGGGACGUGUGGGCGCGCGCUCAGCCCAAGGGGAAGCGCGCGCACGCUGUUAUUGAGGGGAGAGCAGGUGCUGGACGAAUUACCAUACAGCUGAGGGGGGAGAGAGAACUUCUCCUCCACCACACACACAAUAACAAAAAGUUCCCCCUCAUGUUGGCCACGCGAGCGACUCCGGUGCGCGCGCGCCCGCUUGCGCGCACACACACACACACACGUCUAUAUGCAUGAGCACACGCGUUUUUCUCCUCCUCCUCUUCUUCUUCUUCUCCUUUCUUUAAUCUCAGGCCGGAGAAAGAGAAGAAGGGGAGAGCAAAAUGGAAAAACGCAGCAGAGUCCAGCCCCUCCAGUCGUUUACCUCACCGCGCAGCUCUGCCAAGGAAUGUUUUCUCUCUUUUUUUAAAGUCUUUUGAGUCGAUUCAAAGCAUCAAAUUCUUCCCACAACCAGAAAUACCAAAAUUUUACAGGGUGUGUGAGGAGGAGGAGGAGGAGGAGGAGGAGGGGUGUAAACAAUUAACUGAGUCAGGGGAUUUGACCAAGAAACAUUUCUUCUUCUUCUUCUUCUUCUUCUUCUUCUUGUCUGAAUCAACUUCACACUCUUUAUUUUAUAUUUUGGCACUUUAUCCAAACAAAAAAAAAACAUGUUAAGACGCACAAAGACGUUUGUCCAGUGAGGCAACAGCUGGAGGGAUCAGUCCAGCCACACGUCACCAACAUCCUGUCAGCAGCAGAUCUGUCGUGUGUGUGUGUGUGUGUGUGUGUGUGUGUGUGUGUGUGUGUGUGUGUGUGUGUGUGUGUGUGUGUGUGUGUGUGUGUUUACAUUAUGGUUCAAUCUACAGAGAAGAGAUGUUCACUGGAACAUUAAUAUUUCUAGGGGAACUGGUGUGUGUUCAAAAAGGAAUAAUUCCAUUUCCUUCUCAUCCUGUAAACAUUUCCUCCUUCAACAGGUUAUCUGAAGCCUCCUCCUCCUCCUCCUCCUCCUCCUCCUCCUCCUCCUCCUCCAGGAGACUCACAAUCUUUCUUUUUUUAAAAAAAAGUUUCACCUCUCGUUUGCUAGAAAUACUUUCACACGUCUUCCAUUUUAACGCUGCUGCUGCUGCUGCUGCUGCUGCUGGGGGGCUGCAGGGAGGCUGUUGGGGUACUUGCAUGGGAUCCCAUUGUGGAGAGCCGGGCCAGAUUGGGAGGUGAAGUCGGGGAGGAGGAGGAGGAGGAGGUGGAGGAGGACGAGGACGAGGAGGAGGGGGGCGUCCAUUUGCAUGUUAUUACCAUAGCAUGUGUCAGGCCGUAUAUAACAGGCUGCAGGCGGCCUUGGCUGGAGACAGACGCACAGUUCACAGUGAGGAAAGACAUUAGGAGGAAGAAGGAAGCAUGUUGGACCAGUGACAAAUCUGUCCUUGGGUUAGACCAAGACCUUCACACAAAAAGCUACUUCCUAAAAAUCCUCCACUUUCUUCCACUAAAACCAAACCAAACAAACACGGAACCCUUCGUCUUCUUCUUUUUUUACUCUCUUUACGCAUUGGAUUAACGCUUUCUAACGGAACUGGAGGACUUCUCUGUUUUUGUUUUUUUCUUUUGAACGCGCACUCGCACAAGUUCACAGAUCUUUGUUUUUAUUUUAUUUUUUUGUUUUGAAGGAUUGGGAUUUAUCCUCUUCUCGCUCCUCGGGACAUGAGUGAGAGCGGCGCGGCUGACAGCGGCAGCAGUUGAUGCGAGAACCCCGUGAGGCGACAGAAACGUGCUCGAUGCAUCUUCCUCAGAGGGAUUGAACAGGAGGAGGCACCCUGAGGACAAGCCGAGCCCCGAGACUUUUUACUUUAUUUAUUUAUUAUUUAUUAUGUAUUUAUUUAAUAUGGGGCGCGCCAUCCUGCUGACUCUCGCCGUCAUGUCCAUGUUGCUGUGCCAGGGGUUUUGUUCGGGAGUUUUUGAGCUGAAGUUGCAGGAGUUCCUAAACAAGAAGGGAGUACAGGGCAACAAAAACUGCUGUAAGGGAGGCCUGACGUCGUCUUUCCAGCAGCAGUGCGAAUGUCAAACCUUCUUCAGGAUCUGUCUCAAGCACUACCAGCCCAACGCCUCCCCGGAGCCCCCGUGCACCUACGGCGGCGCCGUGACGCCCGUGCUCGGCUCUAACUCCUUCCAGGUCCCCGAUGUCAUCCCCGAGAGUUCAUUCAGCAACCCCAUCAGGAUAAACUUCGGCUUCACGUGGCCGGGGACCUUCUCACUGAUCAUUGAGGCAUUACACACCGACUCCAAAGACGACCUCUCCACAGAGAAUCCAGAGCGCGUUAUCAGCACCAUGACCACACAGAGGCAUCUCACGGUGGGAGAUGACUGGUCUCAGGACCUGCACACCGGCGGCAGGACGGAGCUCAAGUACUCGUACCGCUUCGUGUGCGACGAGCACUACUACGGGGACGGCUGCUCGGUGUUCUGCCGGCCCAGAGACGACGCCUUCGGCCACUUCACCUGUGGAGAGCGCGGGGAGAUCGUGUGCGACGCCGGGUGGAAGGGACAGUACUGCACUGAACCGAUCUGCCUGCCGGGCUGCGAUGAAGAGCACGGCUUCUGUGAGAAACCCGGAGAGUGCAAGUGCAGAGUGGGAUUCAAAGGCCGCUACUGCGACGAGUGCAUUCGUUACCCGGGCUGCCUCCACGGGACCUGCCAGCAGCCCUGGCAGUGCAACUGUCAGGAGGGCUGGGGAGGACUCUUCUGCAACCAAGAUCUCAACUACUGCACUCACCACAAGCCCUGCAUGAAUGGAGCCACUUGUAGCAACACUGGUCAGGGCAGCUACACCUGUUCCUGCAAGCCCGGCUUCACUGGGGCCAGCUGUGAGAUCCAGGUCAACGAAUGCGCUGGAAACCCCUGUCGCAACGGAGGGAGCUGCGCUGAUUUGGAGAACACAUAUACCUGCACUUGCCCUCACGGUUUCUAUGGCAACAACUGCGAGCUGAGUGCCAUGACGUGCGCUGAUGGGCCCUGCUCCAACGGUGCCCGUUGUGUGGAUCUCGUCAACUCGUAUCUAUGUCAGUGUCCCGAUGGUUUCACUGGCAUGAACUGUGACCACACCGGGGACGAGUGCUCAAUGUACCCUUGUCAAAAUGGCGGGACGUGCCAGGAAGGUCUCGACGGCUACACAUGCACCUGUCCGCCGGGAUACACCGGCCGCAACUGCAGCUCACCCAUCAGCCGCUGUGAACACAACCCUUGCCACAACGGCGCCACCUGCCACGAGAGAAACAACCGUUACGUCUGCGCGUGUGUUCCCGGCUACGGUGGCAGAAACUGUCAGUUCUUGCUUCCAGAGCACGCUGCCAUCCGCGGGUCGGAGGUGCCUUGGAUGGCUGUCGGGUCCGGUGUGGCCCUGGUGCUGCUGCUGCUGGCAGGCUGUGCCGUACUUGUUGGAUUUUUCCGAUCGAAAUCCCAGCGCGGCGGUCAAAUAGAAACCGCCGGUGAGGGAGAGACAAUAAAUAACCUGACCAACAACUGUCACCGGAGUGACAGGGACCUGGCGGUCAGUGUGAUGCCAACGCCAGGCGUCAAAAAUAUCAACAAGAAGAUGGACUUCUGCAGCGGCGACCCCGAUGAAGGAUCAUCACCAGGGAGGAGCAGCUACAAGAGCCGCAAUCCACCUGCAGACUACAACCUCGUACAAGAGGUCAACUAUGAGCAGGUGGCUAAAGAGGCCAUGCUUGAGGCGGCCUGCGAGGACAAGUGUCAAUCCCUGGACUCAUUUGAGUUCGAGGAGAAACGCAGCAAACGUUUAAAAUGCGAUGCAUCAGAAAAGAAAGCCCCAGAAAUGUCUGCAUGUGCGGACACCAAGUACAAAUCUGUGUUUGUGAUGUCAGAGGAGAAGGAUGAAUGUAUAAUUGCAACUGAGGUGUAACGAGCCACCAAUGGGCUGCCCGUUGCUCAUUUGCUCUAUGGGAGAGUUUUUAUACUCCUUCAGAUGCUGCUCUAACCCUAGGGGGAGGUGUCCCACCUUGAGACUGCUGCUGAUACUGAGACGUUUAACUGAUAUUCAGAGUGAGCUGGUUCUCUACUGGAAACUAAGCGCAGGCAGCGGCGGCCUGUGGGAUAAGAACUGGCGGGGUAAAAAAAAUAAAUAAAUAAGAAAAAAGAAAAAAAAAGAAAAGUUUACGGUUGAAAGUAAACUGCCACUUAGCUUUCUGUUCUGCCUUUUAUCGGGGAGAGGGGGUAGAAAAAUAAAUAAGAUAUAAACGGACGCUGUCUUGUGGCGAUAACGUGCGACGCUACGAUUUUUGUUUUUGCAACAUUUGCACCCAGGCCUUUUCUUUAACCCACACGCCGUUGCUGAGCGCAGGAACUGCAUCAAACGGUGGAUGUUUGGCCAUACUGGCCUGUUCUUCACGAGGCUGUUCACAUGGGCUGUGCACCCAUCACCACACCUGUGAAGACUGUAUGUAUACGUGAUCACUGUGUUAAACUGAAGUGCGUUUUCUUCCCCCAAGCCCCUCCAAAACCAUUUAUGACAUAGUAUUGUUCAUUUUUGUUCGUUUUUCUUUUUUGGGGGGGCACAUGAAAACUUUGGUCUUAAUUACAUUUGAAAAAAAAAAAUGUUGCUUUUUGAUACAGAUUGUCCUUUUUGUAAAAUAAAGAAAGAAAAA